AUGCCUGUCAAUGUGGGAAGUGAAAAUGUAUCAGGAAAUGAAAUAAAUACAAAAGAAGACAUAAGAGAUAGUAUUAAUAAUGAUAUCUUAGAAUAUAAUAAAAAUACAAACAAUAGUAAUGAUAAAAAAAAUUUUUUGGCAAAUCCUGCUUGGAAAGACAUUCAAUAUAAUACAUUUACACGUUGGGUUAACCAUAAAUUACAAGGAACUGAUAUUCAAUUGACAAAUCUUGAAGAUGGAAUUUCUGAUGGUGUUACAUUAAUAAAACUUUGCCAAAUUCUUUCUGGAAAACGUAUUAAUAGUAUUAAUAAAAAAGUUAACUUUACUGCUCAACGCCAAGAAAAUAUUUCACUUGCAUUAACUUUUCUAGAAAAUGUUGAAAAAAUAAGACUAGUCAAUAUUGAUUCACAACAUAUUUUAGAUAAAAAUACAAAAUUAGUUCUAGGUCUUAUAUGGACGUUAAUUUUGAAUUACUCAAUUGGCAGAACACCUCCUACAACUGAUAAAAAUAUAUUAAAUAACAAUGAGAAACGGCAUAGUAAAAAUUUAAAUAAUAAUGAUAUUGAUAUGACACCUAAUCAAAGAUUAAUUUCAUGGAUAAGAACAAAACUUCCUCAUGACUUACCUAUUUGUAAUUUUACAAGUGACUGGAAUGAUGGUGUUGCACUAGGAGCAUUAGUUGAAGCAUGUUGUCCUGGUUUAAACCUUAAAUGGAAAGAAUAUAAUCCCAAAGAUGCAUUAAAAAAUACAGAAAAAGCAAUGAAGUAUGCAGAGAAAUAUCUUGAUAUUUCUUCUUUAAUAAAACCUGAAGAAUUAAUAAAUCCAAAUGUUGAUGAAAAAUCUGUAAUGACAUUUUUGUCACAAUUCCCCCAUGCUAAAUAUAAAUCUGUUGAUGGUGAAUAUAUACUUACUAAUGGUAACAUUUGCCGCGUUGGAUCAGAGUACAUGUUCAUUUUAAAUGUACUUAAUAACAAAGUUGAAUGUGAAAUUUCUAUUAUAGAUGAACAAAAUACCAAAUUAAUAGCAUCUAUUAAUAGACAUAAUAAAAAUGAAUAUAAAAUAUCUUUUACACCUGAAACAGAAGGUUUACAUACAAUUGAUAUAAGAUUAUUUAAUAAUAUUACAAAUGACGAAAAAAAAUUGAAUACUUUUACAUUAAAAGCAAUUGACAAACCUAAAUUAAAAGAACUUUUUUAUGGUGUACCAUUCCAUCAAGUAACAAAAUUUGUUGUAAUAAAUCUUUUACCAAAUGACUUUUUAGAAGUAUAUAUUGUUGAUCCAAAAGGUAUACUAGUACAAAGUACAAUUACAGAUAUUGCUGAAAGUAACAACAAAGAAAUACAAUUUAAACCAACUAUUGUUGGUGUAUAUUCAAUAAAUGUACUUGUUAAUAAAUGCCAAAUAUCACAAUCACCUUUUCCAGUAACUUGCCAUAUUCCUCAAGAAUGUCUACUUUAUGGUAAUGGAAUUAAUAAUAGCGAUCAUUUAGUUGGUGAUGAAAUUUUUAUUGUUACAGAAACAAACUCUAUUGAUGAUUUAGAGGUAGAUGUCAUUGUUGUUAAUUCUAAAAAAGAAAAAAGAAAUUUAAGUAAUGAUUGUGUCAAGGAAUUUUCUAGAAAAUGCACGAUUAAAAGGACAUUUAUAUUUAUACCACAAGAAAGCGGUGAAUAUUAUAUUCAUGUUAAUAGUAAUGGUGAACAUAUAGCUGAAAGCCCGUAUAAGAUAUAUGUUUAUGAUGCUUCAAGUGAGAAUAUUAUAGUAACCGGUCCUGGAAUACGUGAAGGAAUAUUAAAUCAACGAACACAUUUUUAUGUUAGAAGCACUACUGGAAAUCUUCCUUCUUUAGAUUUUAAAUUUAAAGGAUUUUCUGAUCCGAAAGAUGAGAUGAUUCCUAUUUCAGAAAAUGAAAUGAUAUGCUUUUUUACACCAACUGAGGAUGGAUUUGGUAUUAUUGAAAUAACUAAAGAAGAUGGUGAACAUCUUACUGGAUCACCUUUUAAUAUUCGUAUAUAUGAAGAGGAUGAAUAUGAUAAACUAAGAGGAGACAAUCUAGUGCUUGAUGUAAAUGAUAGAGUUUUAAAUGCCGAGGCUGAUGAUGUUACAUCUUUGAAGUUACUGGCAAAAGAUUCAUCUGUAUCUCCUGUUGUUACGUUGAGGGAUCAAGAUAAUAAAAAACAGGAUAUUAAUUUAGUAAAAUGUCAAACUGGUAGUGAAACGAUGUUUAAAAUUGAGAUGAACAAAGUAAAACCUGGAAAUUAUGUUCUUGAAAUUACUGAUGAGAAGGGUGUACAUGCUCAAAAUUCACCACUUGUCUUAAGAUUUAGUAAGAGCAUUGAUAUAUCAAAGCUGAAGAUUUUUGGACCUGCAAUUGAUGAAAUCUGCUUUGUUAAUUCAAAGACACACUUUUUUGUUGAUGCUCAGGAUGUUGGAAAUGGAGAAGUAGGGAUUGCAUUACUGAAUAAAAAGAAAGAUGAGGAAAUUAAUAUUUUUAUUGAAGAAAAAAGUAAUGGUAUAUUUAAAAUAGAAUUUACCCCAGAAGAAGAUGGUAUUCAUAUUUUAAAAGUACGAUUUUGUGAUAUUGUUUUACCUGAGAAAAUAAUUGAUAUAAAACCAAUUCCUAAACCAAUUGGUAUUAAAAUAAAUGGUUUGAAGGAUGAUGAAACUAUUCCGAUAGGAUAUCAUAUUUAUUUUUCUGUAGAUAUCAACAACCAAAAACAAUAUGGAUUGGGAUUACAGACUGUUUUAAAUGUAAAUGAUUCAAAGCCAAACUUUUUUAUUAAAAUGGAGCAGGAUAAAGAAGACCCCAAUAUUUACAAAGCAUUAUAUAUUCCGAAUGAUGUUGGUCUUCAUGUAAUUCAUGUACUUUUUGAUGAGUAUCUUAUAGGAAAAUAUCAAUAUCAUGUAAACAAUAAUAUCUUACCCGAUAAUGUUGUGGCCUCAGGGAAAGGUUUAUAUGAAGCAACGGUAAAUGAAGAGAAUUUUAUUCAGAUUGAUACAAGAUUUGGUGGAUGUGGACUUUUAUCAUUUUUCAUUGAAAACCAUCCGGAAGUUAAAACAAAAAUUAUUGGUGAUAAAGGUGGAAUAUGUGAUGUUGUAUUUGUACCUAAAACAGUUGGUGUUCAUUUAUUACAUAUACAGUUUGGUCCGGAAAACAUUCCUAUAAAAGGAUCACCGUUUAAAAUUAAUGUUGAAAAUCAGUAUAACCCUAAAUUAAUAAAAGUAUGUGGUAAAGGAUUUAGAAAAGCUAGAAUAGGAAUUGUAAAUAAAUUUACCAUUGAUACAUCAGAAACAAAAAAAAGACCACUUGAUAUCAAAUUUUUCCCUGAUAACUAUAUAUCAUAUAAACUAAUUAAUAAAGAUGAUGGUCAUAUACAUAAAAUUGAAUAUGAAGUUGAUGAUAAAUUGUUAGAUAAUGAGAUUGAAAUGAUAAUAUAUUAUGAUAAUAAUGAGAUAUCAAGUAAAAGAUUUACUGUUAAACCACCCACAGAAUUGCAAAACAUAAAAAUUUCUUCAAAAAAUUCCAAAUUUCCUAGUGAUUUAGUCGCAUUUGAACAUCCUAAAUUGUAUUUAGAUGUAACUGAUGCUGGUAAAGUUGACCAUGUUAAAUUUAGAAUUUUACAUAUUGAAACAAAUGUUGAAGUUAUAUCAGAAAUUGAUAUUGCUGAAGAUGAUAUGUGUUUUUUAAUAAAUUGGACACCACUAUAUAGUGGAGAGUAUAAACUUUUUUUAAACUAUAAAGAUCAAGAAAUACCAUUAAAUUGUAAAAGUAUUAUUGUUAAAGAAAUGUUUAAUCUCGAAAAAUGUUUUGCAAUAUUGACAAAUCUCCCAGAUGUUGUUUUGAUAAAUCAACCUUUUAAAAUAUCAUUUAAUAUUGACAACCAACUUCCACUUGUUUUUGAUUAUUUCCAAGUAUAUAUUAGUAAUCAAGGAAGUACCUUUAACAUACAACAAGAUGCCAUUGAUCCAUAUAUUUUCCAUGUUUUUAUUAAAGCAAAAAAAACAGGAAUGUUUAAAGUACUAGGUUAUUAUGGAGGUGGAUUAAUUCCUGGAAGUGGUACAAAAUCUUUAUUGGCAUUAAAUGAUAAUGAAAUAUACAAUCAUCAGUAUAAGAUUAAACGCAAUUGUUCCUCUGUUGAAAACAAAAAUCAGAAAUACAAUGCAUAUGAUCGAACCUCAAAGACAAAUUUUUCGUCAUCUAUUGAGGAUAAUAAUGCCAAUAGAACUAAUUGUAACAAUGCUCCAUUUAUUUUAAAUAAUAAAAUAAACAAAGAGGAUAAUCUAAAUACUUCUGAAAUCCUUGAUAAACAUUUUGUUGUAAAAUUAAAAGAAGAACAAAAUAAGAAUACUUUGGCUUUUGUAACAAUGCCAAACGGAGAAAUUGAACCUGCUAAAAUUAUUGAUAAUGGAGAUGGGACAGUGACUGUUAAUUAUCGUGCAAAUACACAAGGUUUACAUCAACUUGCAUUAUCACAUAAUGGUAUGAAUGUUGAAGGAUCACCAUUAAGUUUUUAUGUUGAUAAUUCAAAUCAUGAUAAUAUUACUGUUUUUGGACCUGGUUUAUCAAAAGCUAUUGUAGGUGAACCAUCUGAAUUUACUAUAUUUGCAAAAAAGAAUCAUGCAAAAGAUUUUAAUAUUACUUGUGAAGGACCAGCCAAAGUUAAUAUUAAAUGUCAUGAUAAUAAAGAUGGUAGUGUUUCUGUUACCUGGGUACCACCAAUUCCAGGUGAUUAUAUUUUAAAAUGUCUUGUUGGUGGAAAACCUAUAGCAGGUAGUCCAUUUAAAGCACAUGCAACAGGAACAUCUAAUCAAAGAACACAUUUAUCAAUAAGUUCAACAUCUGAAGUUUCAUUAGCCAUACCACAUGUUGAUACAAGAGGAUAUUCUGCUGUUAUAAGAACACCUCAUGGUAUUGAAGAACCAUGUAUUAUUAGGCAUAUUGAUUCAUCACAUCUUGGUGUUUCAUUUACACCAAGAGAAAUUGGUGAACAUCUCAUAACAGUAUCAUUAUUUGGAACAAUUUUACCAAAAAAUCCAUAUAGAAUAAAGGUAGAUCAAAAUCAAGUAGGAAAUGCUGGAAAAGUUAAAAUUUCAGGUGAUGGUAUUUCUAAUGCAAAAACUCUUACAGAAAAUAUUUUUACAAUUGAUACUAGAAGUGCUGGUUUUGGCGGUGUUUCACUUUCAUUACUAGGACCAACAAAGGCACCAAUUAUAUGUAAAGAAAAUAAAGAUGGUGUUAUGAAAUUUGCUUAUAAUCCAUCAGAACCAGGUACAUAUAUAUUAAGUGCUAAAUUUGCUGAUGAACAUAUUACUGGAAGUCCAUAUUCUAUUAAUGUUACUGGACGAUCAGGUGGUCAAAUUAGAACAACCCUUACAGAGAAUAUUUCAGCAAUACCUAUGUGUUUAGAAAAUAGCAAAUGUACAAUGUAUAUAACACUCAUGAACGCCAAUCCUAUGGAUGUUACAGCUAAAAUUCUUCAUCCUGAUGGUAAAUCUGAUGAUGUUGUUGUAAGACAAUCACAAGACAAUUUAUAUGAAAUUUGUUUUGAUACUAAAAAAGAAGGAAUGUAUGCAUUAUCUAUUUUUUAUAAAGAUAGUCAUAUUCGUGGUUCACCAUAUCAAUAUACUGUUGGUCAAUUUAAGGAUCAGGGUGUACAUAAAGUUCGUGCUGGUGGUAAUGGUCUUGUUCGUGGAGAAACAAAUAGUAAGAAUGUUGUCAAUAUUUAUACAAGAGAAGCUGGAGAAGGAAAAUUAGAUUUUACUAUUGAUGGACCAACAAAAGCCGAUUUGAAAUUUGUAGAACAUAAAAAUGGAUGUAAUGAGGUACAAUAUAAAGUUACAAAACCAGGUGAAUAUACUAUUGGUGUUAAAUGGAAUGAUGUUCAUAUACCUGAUUCACCAUUUAAAGUAUAUGUUGCUCCUUCAACUGGUGAAUCAAGACUUCUUGAAUUAGGUAUAUUUCCUGGUGGUUCAAUACCUAUUAAUAAACCAUGUACAUUCAAUUUAUAUACACAUGAAGCUAAAGGAAGUAUUGAAGCAAAACUUUUAACACCUAGUGGUGCUACAGGACAUGAAGAACCAAUUGAUUGUAUUCCAAUUGAUGAGAAUGAAUCAUAUGUUUUAAGAUUUAUUCCUAAAGAACCUGGAAAUCAUUAUGUUCAUAUUACACUUGAUGGUGCACCAAUGCGUGAUUCACCAUUCAGAGUUCGUGUUGGUGAUGUCGGUGAAUUUGAUCCAACAGCUAUAUUUUUGAGUGGUGAUGGAUUAAAAGGUGGUACAACAGGUCAUCCAUGUGAAUUUCUUAUCAAUACAAUAAAUGCUGGAGCGGGAAGAUUAUUAAUUGAUGUUAAUGGACCAUCAAAAGUUUCAUUAGAUGCAUUUGAAAUUGAUAAAGGAUAUGAUGUUAAAUUUACAGCAUUUACACCAGGAGAUUAUUAUGCCACAAUCAAAUAUAAUGGAGUUCAUAUUCCAAGUUCUCCUAUGAAAAUUGUUAUUGUUGGGGAUGCCGUUUCAAAACAUCAGGAACCAGAUCAAGCUACUGUUAUAAUUGAUGCUGUUGCUAAAACUCCAAAAGGAAACGUCGCAACUGCUCCUGAAUAUUCAGGUGAUGCCUCAAAAGUUAAAGUAUAUGGUCCUGGUUUGCAAAAGUUUUUUGCUGGUAGAAUAUCUAAUUUUACUGUUGAUACUGCUUUAACUGGUCCAAAUUUAUUAUUUGUUGGUGUAUGUACAGCAAAAGGACCAUGUGAAGAGGUAUCAGUAAAAAAUCAUGGUAGAGGUCAAUAUAUUGUUAAUUAUAAGAUAAUGGAGAGACAAAAAGCAUUUAUUUACAUUAAAUAUGGUGAUCAACAAGUUCCUGGAUCUCCUUUUAGUGUAGAUUUCUAA